CCACAGCCGCCCCCAACCCCACCCCCACCGCCACCGUCGACGACCCUCACCGUAGACAAGGUCGAGGCUGACCCAAGAUCGAGCCCAUGCCCAGAUUCACGAGUGGAGCCCCGCAAAGCUGCCCGCAAACUACUCCUCUUCCCCACCCCGAUUCCUCUCCAAUCUCCGCCGCCGCCGCCGAUCCCCACCCCCACCGGCGACCUCGUCUCCCCGUCUCCGGCCCCAUCCCCACCUCCGGCCGACCUCCCUCCUCAUCUCGUCCAUCCACCCAUGGAAACCCCCUUUUCCACGAAUCCACCCACCCAUGCUCACCUAUGGAUGGAUAGAUGGGGCGCACCAGUUCCGGCGACGGCGAUGCCGGAUCCGCACCCACCUGCGUGAUGGAGGGCGGCCGCAUCGGGAUCCACCGCCUGCUCUCGGUCUGGUGCGGCACACCGGACCACACCGGAGAUUGCUACUGCGGUGGUCGUCGACGACGGUGCAUCUCCGGCGGGACCUAGAUGCCCAAGGCAUGCAUACGUGGUUGGUGACCUCGCAUGCCGCCAUUGCCGGAGGCUGGCUGGCUGGAUGGACGGGCGUCCGCGGUGCCGGUGUUUUGCAGCCUUACAUCUCAGGGAAGACGCUUGCUAAAAUGUGUGCAUGCCAAGAUUCCUGCAGUUCCAGACUGAUUGCUGGUGCGGAUGGGAGGUGGAUGCCCGCACGGAUCCGACGUCUCCAACCUCGGCAUCCACAAGGAGGAGCGGCGACAAUUACAUACCCAACCAUGGGGCAACAGCAAUUCAUGAUGUUUUGCAUCAGCCUGUCAUUGCUAAGGAAGAAGCAGUACUUGAAGAAGCAGACUACAUGUUUUCUUGUUGUGAAGCACUAGAUAGUUCUAUUUAUUCUUUUCCUGUUCUAGAGUAUUUCUAGGUUGCUUGGAUCUGUAUAAAGUACGGAUGUGAUGGAAAUUUGUAGAAUGUGAGUUUUGAGAUAUUUCUGUAAUAUUCAGCUAAUUGGUGGUGAUUCAUAUUGUUAUUCAAACUGGUUUGAAAAUGUUCGUUAAAUGGGCUGGAGUUGGACCUUAAAA